GGUAGCUGCUGUGUGCAAAUGGAAGGUGAAGCAGAUGGACAUCGUAACCACUUUUCUGAAGAACGGGAAGUGGUCACACCUUUGCCUUCCGAGUUCAAACUCAUAAAGGCAGCUGAAGGAGAAGGAGUUGAGUGUGAAGACCAGAGGCAAUUCCAAUCCAUGGACGGGAGCCUAAUCUACGCUGUUGUGCAUACUCGGCCUGACACCAGCUUUGCUGUGGGACAACUGGCUCGAGUAGUGCAAAAUCCAACAGAAGAGCAGUGUGGUGCAGCGGAGAGAGUGGUGCGCUACCUCAAGUCAUAACCUACAGUGGGAGUACAGAGGUGAAGCUUGGGACACUGGAUCCGAUCUACGUGAAAACUCAGCAACAGCCAGCCGACUUCCUUACCAAGCGGCUAGCUGAAGAGCCACACUGGCGAUGUGCGAGGAUGGCGGGAAUGUCCUUGAACUAGAGACGGCGAAACAAGCCGACAGUGAAGUGGCAUUGGGUGAGGAGCAUGGUAACCGCGGGUGAAGUGGAGUUGCACUACGUGAAGACGACGGCGCAGCCUGCUGAUAUGAUGACCAAGAGGCUGGUUGAGCAGCAGCAUUGGAAGUGUUGCAAGCUUGCAGGGAUGGCUCUGAACUAAGGGGAGCAGAUUCUAAGGCCAACAAUCCGA